GCGCUCCCGCCGCACCCUCGCACGACCUGCUGCACGCCGUCGCUAAUAUACUCGGUAUAAAAGACCCGAGUAAAGUAUCAGAAUCUGCCAAUCUGGCGGAGUUGGGCAUGGAUUCGUUGAUGGGUGCCGAGAUAAAGCAGACUCUGGAGCGGGGAUACGACGUGGUGCUGGGCGUGCAGGAGAUUCGCGCGCUCACGUUUGCCAAGCUUCGUGCCCUCGCUGGCGGCGAGGCGGAGGGCGGGGCGGAGGUCGAGGUGCCGGAGCAGACCGAGGCUUCGGAGCAGACCGCUGGGGUGGAGCACGCGCCGCCCGCCGGUGACUUGGUGCAGUUUCCGGCACUCGAGGAGCUGGUGCCCGAGCAAGUGCUCGUUAAAUUACCCAGUGCCGCACCCGAUGACUCUAAUAUUAAACCAGUAUUUAUGGUGCACCCGAUAGAGGGCGUGGUGCGCGCGCUGGCGGGCGUGGCGCGGGCG